AUGGACGAUGAUGAUGAGCGCUCAGUUUCAUCGAAAGGUGAUCAAACAGAUUGGACAGAGGACUCGGAUGACGAUUUGUAUCAAUCCGUAAAAUCCCAUAACGGUGAAGACUAUAUGGACGUGGAAGACUCCCCUCCGCACAAUGACGCCCGUGACCUUGUCCAGUCGAUCAAGGGGAUGUAUCGUAUCUUGGACUUGAUCAGUGAACAAGGGAGCGGUGGGCUAGUGGACAAAAUUAUUAUUGCGCAGGAUUCACUUCGGGCGUUCACCAAUACCAUUUAUCCCGGUGCAUAUGUAUCCAUGACAAAGGUCAACUUCCGCGCACUCGAUGGCUUGAUCGUGAAGCCCGUUGGAAUCUAUGGGAGCAAAGAAGAAAUAGUGCGACUCUUGUUGUCUCUCGGUGUCGUUGACGACCACAUAGCAGCACAGCUUGUUGCGAACCACAGCGAUUCUAGUGUUUCAAAACCAAGCCUUCGUUCUGGACUAUACGUCGUCCGAACGAAUGGUGAAGCUCCCUCUGGUGAACAACUGUUCAUCAUCUACUGGCCCGAGGAUGCCACUUGGGAUGACUCAGCCCCUUCAUCCGUGAAGCGUAACCGUGUUACCUUUAUGCGGUACCUCACGACAAUGUGUGACCAAGUCAUGGCACUGAUCUCCCCCGAGUAUGCCCGCUCCAUUGUGUGGAUUGGACAAGAAGGCGAUGACACUUUGAUGGAAAUAGACCAAGACCAAUACGAGCCUGACAGAAUGUUCACGUUUGAAGUUAGGAAAACCAACGAGCAGGAAGAAGCCGUAAAGCCGCGUCCUGGAUUCAAGGCUACAUCCGUCCACAUAGCCAUGCCCCAGCCUCACCCGGAGGUAACAGAAGAUUCCGGACUGCAUAAGCCUUGGUUGUUGCACGGCGAGACUACUCAAGGGUUCAUGACAAUCAACUAUCUACCUGCCAAGCGGGUCACCGAUGCAUGGAAACGCAGGUCUGUCACUCGCCUCCAGUUAGGUGAUUGGUUGCACCAUGACAAAUUGCGGGUGAAUGAGAACUUGGAUGCCAACGCAGUACACCUUUUGCUGGGCGCAGGCCUUCAGGAUCGCUUCCCACAAUUGUGCGAACAAUUGAAGCAGGAGUCUGCCGAUAUCUUUUCCAACGCCAAGGCCACCAAAGCAUCAACUGAGGCCACCAUCAAGACGAAGUUCGAGAAUGACUUGCCCCUUCUCACUGGGAUUUUCCACAGGAAAUUGGUUGACGCCAUCGUUGAGAAUUUCCCCACUUUCACCCCUAAUUCCUUCCCGUGCCCCAACAAAAGCGAACUGGACAACCCUAUAACUCAAGAUCCGGUCGAACUUGAUGUCGCUCCUUCUGCACCGGCUGAUGGCGUUUCUCCUGGUUCCAAGAAAAGCGAGCAGGCUAGCUCUGAAGCCCAAGAUCAACUCUCUACCAUCAUUGAGCGAUACCCAGAAAUAGGGAAAGAGCUUCAUCGGACGAUGCAAAAGCUGCGCAUCGAGAAGAUCAACAGUCGCGAUUUCAAGAGCUACAAACAACGAUACUAUAUCGCUCAAAGCCUACUUCGUCAAUUUCCCGACAUCGAGAUGGAAGAUGAAAACUUCCUGGAUAUGAUUCUUUACGGGGACAUGCGACACGUCAAGGAAUCUGUCAGGAUGCUAGGGAAAAAUGUUGCCCCGCAUCAGCAGUCAAAGGGAUUGGUGGGCCAAGCUUGGAGCAGUAUCAAUUCUUUCAUUUCGUCCGGGCAAGGUUCUCAGUUCGUGGAUAAGACGUUCAAAGAUGCAGAGAGUGCUGUAUCUACGAUCAGUGACACUCAAUUCCUCGCUGAGUUGGAUGACAUGGAUAAGCUUCCCGUUAUGAAAAAAGUCGUCGCAGGUUCCAGGGAUGCUGCGUUGGUGCAUUUCAGAUCACUUAUAACGACGCAGACGACAACUUUGACUCAUUCGGCCCUGCGCAUACAAAUUGAUGAAUCUGUGGCCCGAGCUCAUAGGGAAACAGCUAUCUGUGACGAGCAGCAACUGGCCGAAUCACGAAAGAGGUUCAUCGUUGAAAUCAAUGCCCAUUCACAGACAGGUCAUCAUUCGCACACCCUUCUUAUCGACGCCAUCGAGGAUGGACGAGGCUAUUACAAUGCUGGGUAUUCGGUGCAAAUAACGGGGUCAAGGGAAUCUUUCGAGGAGCCAAAGCUGAAAUUCACGGUUCACCCCAUGCAAUUGACAACACAGGAUCUGCAUUCUUUACAGUUAGAUUCUAGCACGAUUCCCUCACCAAAGUUCAGGAACUCGUUCUCGUUCUGGUUACCUCUUGGUCAUUCAGUGGCGAGAGCCCAACUGCUUCCAGGCGAGAAGAUCUUGCUCGCGACGACUGAUCGGUUUGGAAACCUGACGGUGUACCUGGAACGCCUCACUGCUAUUGAGGGCGCCUUGGCUAUCGGCAGCCGCGGGAAAAAGCUGAACCGCGAUAAGAUCGGCGAAUUCAUUCUGGCUUUUGAUGAGUCGAAACGUGUGCUCACGGUUGUUGCCACAGAGAAGCUUCUCUUACAUAUUUUCGUUUACGAUGACACCCUCGGUUUCCAGGCCAAUGGUAGUGCGAUCAACUUGACUCAAUGGUACCUUGAAGGAGCCUUGAUUAAUCAUGCGUGUUUCAUAUGCGGUGGCGAAGAAUUGCUGCUCGUUGAUACAUUGGCACAGGCCAGAGUUUACUCUCUGACAACAAUGCAGUUUAGGCCUGCGACUCUGAAUCUUAUUCAGAUUCCAACAGCAGUGUACUCGACUCCAGAUGGUUCUUGCUUAAUCGUGGCUCAUGUCCGCGGGUCUGACUUGACGCUAACCGCCUACCACUGGAGCACCUUCGGCUCAACGGAUGGCAUCCCGCUCGAGAUCUCUGAUCUUCCAUUGGACCAGCCAAUGCUUCUGACUUCACUGACUAGUCGUAAUAUAGUGCAUUUGGUCACACUCGACAUUAACACUCAAUCAUGUCGAUCUAUCGCUCUCGACAUCACCCGAAAAGUGACAGAGUUCACCUUCAAAGAAAAGGGUGCCCGAGGAGGGAAUGCAAAGUCCGAGAGCGCCACCGCCCAUAAUUGUCUCAUCGAUUGUCACGCCGAAGUGUGGAAUCGCUUCCCGGUUCUUCCUGCCGUUCAGCGGGAAACGAUAACAUCGUCCAGUAAGAGGUGCCAGCGAACAUUGGUCUUCAUUACAGAUCAGGACCAUCAGACAUUUGUGCCGCACUUCCAUGAUCUUGUAUCAAACUUUGAAAGGACGUCAAAGAAGCCAACCGGAAAUAUUCUCAAGAGAAUCGCUGUCUCUGCAACGACAUACUCUGCUUUCCACAAUGAUCACCUUGGAGAUGCGGAGUGGAGCGUAUCGGAAUUUCGUGCUGGCGAAUGGCUGGCGGAAUUCCUCUGUCUGAUUCCUAUCCAGAUCGCCGUGACGAAGGAAAACCGUUUCAUACCACUCAAAGAUGGGGUGUAUUCUACUGAGCUAGAGAAGUCCCUUCUCGGUGCGGAUGUCAACCGCAUUGUUGAUCACCUGUCCUUUGGUUGGUAUGAAUCUUUGUUUCAGUCAUACAUGGCCAGAAAGCCUGUUAAGGUCGUGUCAUCUAUGGGCGAACAAUCAGUGGGAAAAAGCUUCUCCUUGAACCAUCUCGUGGACACAUCUUUCGCCGGAUCUGCGAUGCGCACGACAGAAGGAGUAUGGAUGUCGGUGACUCCGACCAAAGAUGUUCUUGUAGUCGCAUUGGAUUUUGAAGGUGUCCAUAGUAUUGAGCGUUCCACCCAGGAAGAUACUUUACUCGUUCUUUUCAAUACUGCGAUCUCUAACUUGGUGCUAUUCCGGAAUAACUUUGCCUUGAGCCGCGAUAUUACAGGACUUUUCCAGUCAUUCCAGUCGAGUGCGACAGUCCUCGAUCCAGCAGCCAACCCGAGUCUUUUUCAAUCAACAUUGGCAAUCAUCAUCAAGGAUGUUGUGGAUUCAGACAAAGCGGAUAUCACCAAAGAGUUCGCUCUCAAAUUUCAGAAGAUUGUCCAAGACGAACAAGAGGCCAACUUCAUUUCUCGCCUCCACGCUGGACAGUUGAAUAUAAUCCCAUGGCCAGUGAUUGAGUCGCAGGAAUUCUACCAGUUAUUCCCAGCCCUUAAGCGCCGAUUAGACAAACAAAAACUCACUCAUAAUACAGCAGGAGAGUUUCUUCAUGCGGUGAAGACCUUGAUGGCUAAACUGAAGGCAAAUGAUUGGGGCGCUCUGUCACAAUCGAUGGCCUCGCAUCGAGCACAACUUCUUCUCGCCCGAUUGCCCAACGCUCUGGCAUUCGGACUGCAAGAGGUUGAUCCCGACCCAGAACCUUUGAAGAACCUGGAUGACGAUGUCCCGAUUGACAUGCCUGAUACUUCAUCAGAAUUUUCAUUGGCGGUGGGAUUGCAAUCUUCUUCUCGAGAGGUCGCUUUGCAAGUCCUGUCUCAUGCAUGGGGAGACUAUGAUUCUCGCCAUCACGUGCCGGAGGCACUUUGGAUUGAAAAUCUGACCGCUCAUAUCGACAGCCUGGUCAAUUUGCGCAUUGCCCACGUUCACGAGUGGAUAUCAUCGAACGUCGCUCGCUUCCAAAGCGGGCAAGCAAGCAUCGACGAACUCAUGAGAUCGUUUGAAAACGCAACAGUAGACAUGAAGAGCAACUUACAGUUGUGCAAGCUCAAAUGUGGAAGCUGCGAGUUGCUCUGCGUUCAGAGCAGACUGCACGACGGACAGCAUAAUUGCCAGACUUCACAUGCUUGCAUUCGUUCUUGCGAUUUCUGUGCGACAUCCGGAGAGACCAAGGCUUGCUCGAUGUCAGCGGGACAUCCAGGCAGUCAUAUAUGUAUUGUUAAUGCGCAUCUCUGCGGUCAAGUUUGCAAACUCUUUGGGAGACAGGGAUGUCUGGAGGAGUGUACGAAGGUGAUUGGACACGCCGAAGACGACCAUCUAUGUGCCGCUACUGUGCAUGCUUGCGGUCAGCCGUGCGAUUUAUCAAAGCUGAGGUCGGGUGACGGAUCCACUCGACCUUGCCGCGAUACUUGUGGCAUUUCAAGUGACGUAGACCAUGCCCAACAUCGGUGUGAUGCUCGACUUUGCUCUUUCCACUGUCAACUUUGCAAAAGACUCUGUGCCAAUACAGACCAUCUUCACGGUUUGGAAGACGGCGCUAUUCAUCUCUGCGGGGAGGAACAUUCUUGUUCCAUGCAAUGCACUGCCGAAGGCAUCUGCGAAAUUGAGACUGCGCCACAAUCAAUCGAGGCAACAUUCACGGGAAGGCACGAGACGUUCCAGUACACGAAGUACUCGCAAGUGGCUAAACGACUGAGAUGUGCCAAGUCGAUACCGCCAGGCCUGGUGGCUCAUAAUGGUCCUCACAAUCACAGUUUGGACAAAAAAGUGGUGCAUUUCUGCAGAGCGAAGUGUGAUCACUGUGGCUACUAUUGUACAUUGCCGCUCGGUCACCCGCAACAAGAGCAUGAAACUAGACAUGGUUCGAUGUCUUCUUCACGAUGGGCAGUUGAUGGCCCAGAUGAUGCGGGUCUCGAGGUUGAAGGCCGUCGCUUCUCUUCAAAUGAUGAGGGUGCGCCGAUGAUGUGCAACCUUGUCUGUCAGGCAUUGGGCCGCCAUAUCCACAUCGAUUACUGUCGUGCGGAGGACGCCGCGCCUUGUGCAGGAAACAAUGAAGCUCAGCACAUUUUCAAGAGACUUUUACCGCACCCGGACCGUGCCAAAGACUUCUUGACACACAAUCUCUUCUGGCGGCGGAGUGGCUUCAAAGAUCCGUACUCUCGGGAGGAACAAACAAACUUUGCAAAAUGUGACGCCAUGUGCAGCGGUCCUGAACACACUGCUGGAGAGGGCAAUGCCGCUCAGCCCUCUUUUUGUAUCUUGGCUCUCUUUCAUGUUCCAAUGAAUCCAAACGAUGCCCCGGCGACGCUCGGAUACGUCUCUAAUGAUGGACAUUUUUUCUCUUGCAGGAAUCCCGUGGUGAUGCAGCAAGCAUUUCAUGUAAUUUUUGUGGCGGAUAGAUCUAGCUCCAUGAGCUUGAUAGAUCGACAACCCCUGAUGAAUACCCCUGCCUCAAACAGGAUUAUCCAAAGCUCUAACAACAGGUUUGGCGCAGUUCUCUCGUCAUUAUACGGCUUUUGGUCUGCCCGAGCUGCAGCAGUUGCUGGUCGACAAGCAGCCAGACGAGACUCCUACAGUAUUAUCCUGUUUGAUCGGUCCACUGUGGACGCUGUUGUGAACGAUUUCUCCAGCUCACCUGACCAGCUGCUAGACGCUGUGCUACGUCAUAACACUUCGAGAGGCACAAACUUCACUGCUGCCGUUCAACGUGCCCAGUCAGUCAUGGAGCAACACUGGAGCACGGAGAGAACUCCUGUAAUCAUAUUUCUGUCGGAUGGCGAGUGCCCUAUCGAGAACCAAACGAUUCAAGACUUGUGCCUCGCUGCAGUCCGGCUCGGAAAAGCUCUAUCCUUCCACUCUGUGUCUUUUGGCAAAGAUAGAUAUUCCGCAACAUUGAGAAGAAUGUUCCAGAUUGCUCUUGAAAUUCAGAACAAUGCCCCACGGGACGUCUUGGCUCCCGCUGCAGUUACUGUUCCGUCCUCAUACACAACAGCUUUAGAUACGGUUCAACUUGCUGAAACAUUCCUUGGAAUCGCUGAAUCGCUCACAAAGCCCAGAGGGUCUCUCAUCCAUUAGCAGCAAAGACACCACGGAAAUAUGAGAAGGAAUACGUCAAUGUUGUCAUGUUUUUAUAUCUGAGACAACAAUCAAUUAUGAUGUCAUCCACGAGUUCUUCGCAUAAAGUGCGACAGGAUUUUCAACUCUGGGUGUCCAUCGAGCGAUGAACUUCAUCCGAAACGUCUGCCUGGUCCGAACAAACGGCUCAGGCAACGACUCGCAAUAGCAGAGUCGACCUCCUUCGUAGGCGCAAUGCGACCAGGAGCCAGUGCACUACUAUAGUAAAGUAUCUCAUACCGAGUGAACACCUUCAGAG